GUGCGUUUGAGCGAAGGCGGCACGCGAGUGAGAGCGAGCUUUAUCAUCCGAGCUGCACAAAUUUGGCCCAACGCUCAAGAAUGACGACUCUGACUGAGAUGACUAUCACUCGUAGCCACCCGAGUCGUCGCCAGCAGAGCGGGAGCAGAGCGGCUCAGAGUCAUCGGCAAUCACUACGCACCCGCUCGGCCGUGUCGCGCGCAGUCGCCAUCGCAUGCACUACGUUGAUGCUGCUUGCAUGUACUACUAGCAGUUGCAGCGGCAGCACCGUCAGUAGUGCCAGUCGCAGUAGCGAUGCAGAGUGGCAAGCGAUGCUCACUGCGGCUGGACUGCCCGUGGAUCUCCCUCGACCAACGCCGCCGCCACCGCCUGGCACUGCGUGUGGCUGCUCAGUCCCAUCACAGCCGCAGCAGGAAGAUGGCAGCGGUGAUGGCCAGCAGUCCUCCGCGUCCUGCGCCGCUGCUGCAUCCUCAGGUUUCAGCAAUUACAACACGCACCAUUACCAUGACUGUAAUUCCCAUUCCCUUGACCAGGACUACCAUUGGAGCGAAUUUCCUACUGCACUGACAUACACUGCGACGGAUGACCAAGCGCGAGGCGGAUGGCGAGUCGCCCAAGAUCAGGAUCAGGAUCCAUCUCAGGAUCAAUUUCAGGAUCAACUGCAAAGUGCCGAUUCCUCCAAUUCCCGCUCAGACGCGAUCGCACUCGCACACGCGUACAAGAAGGGCCAAAUCGCAGUCGAAAGGGUGCCGUUCGUGGACGACUCAACCCAAAGGCAAUCAUCACCCGACAGCAAUCCGCCGCGCGCUUCACAGAUUGCACGGAAGCCUCGCCCGCACCGAUUUGCCCCGCCGAACGACAGGCACAAGGUGCUGCAAAAGCUGUUUGGCGCGCACGGAGCCAAGGUGUUUGCCACCGUUUUUGAACGACAGUUCCUGCACAUUCGUCACCAUCGCGCCGCAAGCCAGCCAGAACUCGAUCUGCGUCGCUUGAUCCAUCCAGACGACCUUGUUGCCAUCACCCGCGUCUACAAGCUCGUAAUCAAUCACGAGUUUCUUGUCAUCAAAAACGAAAAGGCCGUCUACCCCGUGGACAGACCAGCAACUAACACGGCGCUGCUGGUUGCUGUGCACGACGGCGCAACCGUCAUCCUUAUCUCGGCCCACAACUUCCACGCGCCGUUGAUGCGGCUCGUGGCCGACGUGGAGCAAACGUUGGGCGUGUUUUCCGACGUCUCGGCCACAUUCACCGGGCCCGUCGAUUACUUUUCGCGGCCGCGCUCUCCAAUGUUCGAUUUGAUUCUAGUCCAGACGUUUGGUUCACAGAUCUGGCGAGUGUGUGAGCCCAUAUUCCCGCUCCCUAAUGACAAGUACGAUGGCAAUUUUAUGCCGAGCGAAGCUCUCCAGCACUGCGUUGACGCACAUCUUCAAGCAGGCGAUGUGCUUUAUAUUCCUCGAGGGACGAUCAUUUCAUCAAGAGCGACUGACGAAGCUUCCCUUCACGUUACUAUCAGUCUGCAUUCUCACGACGCCUUCACAUGGCACACGGUGCUGGAAACUUCGCUUCGGGCACUCGUUUCCGCAAACCCGCAAUUCGAAGAGCCCAUCUACAUUCCGCGGUUUGAGUUCCCGCCAAUGGACACUUUUGUGCCAUUUUUGUCGCGGCCGAAGCUGUCGCAGCACCCUGCUGUCGGCUUGUUGCAGCUGCUCGAAAAUUCGGGCUGGUCUCGAUCGCAGCAAUUUGAACGACCCAUGCGGAUUGGAUCUGGCAUGCUGUUGAACUUGUUGCUCAGACUUGUCAGCAUCGCGCCGGACGAUACGAGUACUCGGCAAACGUUCCCAGCCUGGCUGCUCGUGGACCGCGCCAACCUCGAGCCGACUGCCACCAACCUCAAGGCCAUCACGGAGCAUAUCGAGUUUUUGAUCGUCCAUCUGCUGGAUGUCUUGGAGACGCGCCUCCAUUUUGUCCAGUAUUACAUGACACUGAGCCCUGCCCGACACCGCGUGUUGCAAGAGCGGUCCCGCGCGCGUGGUCCCGAACCGUCAAGAAAGCAGCAAGCGAGUGAUGAGUUGCUGAAUCAAGCGGUGCGGGAUUGGGAUGCUGCAGUCUAUCGGUCGUUGCUGCAGGAGACCAUGUCCGAGGAGGAUUUGGAGAACGUCCGUCAUAUCACGAGCCGGCUUCGAGAGCUGCUCAGACCAGCACUGGCCCAAGACAAGCUGGCCACAAUUGUAAACCACGCGAUCGAAAACGUGCGACAAGACCAGCUGGCGGGGCUUUUGGCGCAGCCAUUCAAUUUUACCAGCCUGGCGCGCAUUCCUGACCUGACGCUGAAUGCACGACUCCAGCGACCGGCGCGUAUGCUAGCAGGCACAAUCCCCCUCAACUUUGAAGACGGCGAAACAGAUCUUCCCGCCACACCGCUGUUUGCGUGCAAUCGCGUCCGCGUCAACGUCGACGUGGACGCUGCCCGAAUCAUUGCGCUCGUACUCAAGGCCCGAGGCCCGUUUUCUGUCGGCAAUGUGGCCGUACUUGCGUCCCAGCUGGCUUUCGACCAGGACGACGUGGACGAGUUUUGGACGCAGGAAGGCAAGGAAGGUGGAGGUGACGUUGAAGCCGCACCCGAUGCCCAGGCUUCUCUCGAGCUUCUCUCUCUAAAAGAGCGCGAACGCGUAGAGACUCUGGCGUUGACCAUUGCCAAAGACCUCGUGUCGAAUGGCUGUCUGCAAAUCGCACAGACGGAGCUCUACCGCGAGCGGGUUCUCGGAUGGGAGCUGCCCAACGAGCUUUCCUCGUUUUUGAAAAUGUGAAUUGCGGGGGGUUGCGCGUGUGUGUUUCAUGUGGCUUUGAGCUUGCUCGGAGUUGGUUGACCACUGAGUUUUUGGUAUAGAUCUACUUUUUGUUUCCUGUUCUUCAUAUCUUUCUCUCGCAACCAAGCUGAUUCAUCCGUUUCUUGUAUCUGUCUGUAUGUUGGUCAUUUUAUUGUAUUCCCAAAUGCACCCAACAUUUGAA